AUGGUAAAAGCACAGGAGUGGUUAGAUAAAAAAUACUUUACUAAAAUAAGGAAAACGACUACUAAAUUAGAUGUUAAAAAUAAAAAUUUGGAAGGUUCAUUAGACCUAAAAGAAUUUACAAAUCUUCAAAAGCUAGACUGUUCAGAUAAUUUACUUACUGAAUUGGAUAUUAGGGGUUGUUCAAAACUUACUAAACUUUAUUGUCAUAAUAAUCACUUUGAGAAAUUAUACUUAGGUAGUAUUGCGUGGAGGAAAAAAGUCCGAACUACUCCGGUUUUAUCUAGUUUUUCGCUUGAUUCCACUACGCUCGUUAAUGACGAUUAUUAUACUUCUACUCCACUUUUUUCUUUUGCUAGCCGACGAUCAUCUGAAAUAUCAAGCGAAAAAAAAAUUAAGCAAGAACUAGCAGAGGAAAAACAAAUCAGAAAUCAUAUCGAAGGAGACAAAUUACUACUUCAGCAAAAAAUUGCCGAUGCUCAAAAGCAAUUGAUAGAUAAUUUUAAUAAAAAUAAUAAAUCUAUUCCUUAUCGAAACAUAUUGCUAAUUGGCCGGACAGGUAACGGAAAGUCAGCUUUAGCCAAUGUGCUGAGCAACAGUCAUGAAUUUAAAGAAAAUCCUUUUGGUGAUGGCGAAACCAGGGAAAUUCAGGCUAAAGAAUUUACUUACCAAAAUAUAAAAUACCGAGUAAUUGACAUACCCGGUGUUGGUGGUACGAAAUUAUCUGAAGAACAAAUAUUAGAUAGGAUAAUAGAAGUUGCCUACCAUGCAAGGGAAGGAAUAAAUCAAAUGCUGUUUGUCACAAGGGGAAGAUUUAAUAAGGACGAAAUAGAUGCUUAUAAGUUGGCUAAGGCUAUUUUUGCAGAUAAAGAAGAACAUAAUGAGUAUAUCACCAUUGUGCGAACUGGAUUUGCAAAAUUCAAAAAGGAAGAGGAAUGUGAGGAAGAUAUUAGAACAAUGGUUAGCAAUGGCGGAGAACUCUCGAAGCUAAUAAAGGAGGCUUUUGAGAGGGCAAAAAUUGUUCAUAUUGAUAAUCCUUCCACGGAUACUGAAGAAGAAAAAAAAUGA